AUGAGGGUGAGGUUUGUUGUUUAUUCUGGGGGGAAGUGGGAUGUCAUUAACAGAAACAUUGAGUAUGUUACUGAUGGCGAUUCAAGGAGACGUGGUUUAGAAGUUGAAACAUAUCAUUCAUAUAAUAGUUUUGUAAACUAUGUUUCUAACAUGUGUGAUACUCCAAACAUUACACGGUUGUCAUACCGGAUGUCUACGUUUACUGAUCCGAUCGAUAUAAUUAAUGAUCGAGAUGUUAGAUUUUUUUUUGAUUUGGCGAUGCAGAAUCCUUUUGAAUUAUAUAAAUUAUAUGUUAUUCAAGAGUCUGAUGUUGGUUCCUCUGGUUUUUCUUGUUUAAACAACUUCAAAGCUCCAGAUCUAAAUAUUCCAUUAAAAGAAAGUGUUGAUGUUUUAAACGAUGAGUGUCCUAUUUUAGAAAAUAAUUUUGAAAAAUCAUUCACGUCUAACAACGAAUCAGGUUCUUCAUCUAUAGUGUUCGAGGCUGGUCAUAUAUUCAAUAACAAAGAAGAGAUGAAGCUCGAGUUGGGAAAGAAAUGUUUGUUAGAGCAUUUCGAGUUUAAAGUUGAUAGAUCAUCUAAGACACGGUAUGAAGUUUCAUGCAUGGGUGAUGGUUGUGAAUGGCGAUUUAAGGCUAAUGCUAUUCCUUGUGGUAAUUUAUGGUUUGUUAAACAUAUGAACGGUAGACACACCUGUUCGAAGACGCAAACACACCCACAUUUCCGUCAGGCUAACCCAAAGGUUUUGGGUCACUUUUUGAAGGAACAACUAAAAGACAGUGGUAGGAUAUAUCGAGCGAAAGAGAUUGUCAAAGAUUUUAGACAAAGGUUCGAGGUUGAGAUAACAAACCUUCAAGCUUGGCGUGGUAAAAGCUAUGCACUUGAACUUCUACAAGGAACGACCCGAGACUCUUUUGCCGAACUACCAAUAUAUUGUUACAAUUUGAAGCUUGCAAAUCCUGGAAGCGUUACUCACAUCUUGGUUGAUGAGCAGAGUCGUUUUGAAAUGGUUUUUGUUGCUUUAGGUGCUGCGAUUCGUAGCUUUAUGUUUAAUCUAAGACCUGUCGUUAUCAUUGACGCGGCACACCUAAAGGGUGAAUUUAAAGGGACGUUGUUUUUAGCAGUGGGCAUGGAUGGAAAUAAUCAGAUUUUACCACUUGCUUAUGGCAUUGGAAAAUCAGAGGAUGGUGAAUCUUGGACAUGGUUUCUCUCAAAGCUUAGAGACUGUGUUAGUGAAAUAGCAGAUAUGGCGAUCAUUUCGGAUAGGGCGAAUUCGAUACAUGUAGGUGUUAGAAACGUGUGUACCACGGGUUGUGUUGUCGUCAUUUAA